UCCUGGUUCUUUUUGGGUUCCUGGUUCUGUCUUGGUUCUGGUUCUGGUCCGUCUCCCUCAGCGUUUGUUCCCUCUAAAGCCGAGUCUUCGCUCCUCUUUCCUUUUAUAGCCUUCAGGAAGGAGGGGCGGUGUGUGUGUGUGUGUGUGUGUGUGGGGGAGUGGCCCACUUCUGCAGACAUGGCAACCCACUGAACCGGGCCGGACCGACCCGGGAUGGGAUGGAGGAGUCCACCAGGUUCCUAACCCCUCCUCCUCCUCUUCCUCCUCCUCUGAUGAAGAUCCUCCGCCUGCUGUCAGUCUCUCUCACAUCGCGGAGAGAGCAGAGGACUCCGGCCGUCCUCCAGCACACACACACACACACACACACACAGCGAAGAGCGAGGAAGAGGAGGGCGGGGGGACGGAUCCGAAACCCGGCUGCCGGGAGAAAUAAGACGGGAUUUUUUCUGUUUCCUCCUGAGGAGCUGAGAGGAAGAGGAAGAGGAAGAUGGCAGAAGGAGGAGAGGGAGAAGAGGAGAUUCAGUUCCUGCGAACGGAUGACCAGGUGGUUCUGCAGUGCACCGCCUCCGUCCUGAAGGAGCAGCAGAUCAAACUCUGUCUCUCCUGCGAGGGCUUCGGGAACCGACUCUGCUUCCUGGAAACCACGUCCAACGCUCAGAAUGUUCCCCCGGACCUGGCCAUAUGCUCGUUCAUCCUGGAGCAGUCGCUCUCGGUCCGAGCGCUGGUGGAGAUGCUGGCCAACACGGUGGAGAUGACCGAGGCAGUCGAUUUGGACAAAUGGUCGUCGCAGGGUGGAGGCCAUCGCACUUUACUGUACGGUCACGCCAUUCUUCUAAGACACCACCACUCGGGCAUGUAUCUGAGCUGUUUGACUACGUCUCGAUCCCUCACUGACAAGCUGGCCUUCGAUGUGGGCUUGCAAGAAGAUUCCAUUGGUGAGGCGUGUUGGUGGACAAUUCAUCCAGCCUCCAAACAGAGGUCAGAAGGUGAAAAGGUCAGGGUGGGUGAUGACCUCAUUCUCGUCAGUGUGUCGUCUGAGAGAUACCUGCAUCUGUCCUACGCCAGCGGAGAUCUGAUGGUCGACGCCUCCUUCAUGCAAACUCUGUGGAACAUGAACCCCAUUAGCUCAGGAUGUGAAUUAGCUGAGGGAUAUCUGACGGGGGGUCACGUCCUCAGGCUGUUCCACGGCCACAUGGACGAGUGUCUGGCCAUCCCUACGCCAGAGGAAGGAGAGGAGAAACGCAGGACGGCUCACUACGAAGGCGGGGCGGUGUGCAGCCAGGCUCGGUCCCUGUGGAGGCUGGAGCCGCUCAGAAUCAGUUGGAGCGGCAGCCACAUGAAAUGGGGCGUGUCUUUCCGUAUUCGUCACAUCACCACGGGUCGGUACCUCUGUCUGGAUGACGACAAGGUCCUGAUGGUGGUGGACCCGGAGAAGUCAAACACCAAAAUGUCUGCGUUCUGCUUUCGCAUCUCAAAGGAGAAGGUGGACGUGUCUCAGAAACGGGACGUUGAGGGAAUGGGAAUUCCUGAGAUAAAGUACGGCGAGUCCAUGUGUUUCGUUCAGCAUGUGUCCACAGGACUGUGGCUGACGUACGCCGCCCUGGACGCUAAGGCCGCUCGGCUAGGAACCAUGAAGAGAAGGGUUAUCCUGCAACAGGAAGGACACACGGACGACGCUCUAACUGUGUCCCGCUCCCAAACCGAGGAGUCUCAGGCUGCUCGGAUGAUUUACAGCACCACAGGACUCUUCAGGCAGUUCAUCAAGGGACUGGACUCUCUGAGUGGGAAGAAUAAGUCUCCAGGGUCGGUGUCGCUUCCCCUGGAGGGAGUCAUCCUCUCCCUCCAGGAUCUCAUCUUCUACUUCCGUCCACCGGAGGAGGAACUGGAGCACGAGGAGAAGCAGACCAAGCUGCGCUCGCUACGCAACCGGCAAAACCUCUUCCAAGAGGAGGGAAUGAUCACCAUAGUGUUGGAGUGCAUCGACCGGCUCAACGUCUACAACACCGCUGCUCACUUCUCUGAAUUUGCCGGCGAGGAGGCGGCCGAGUCCUGGAAGGAGAUCGUCAACCUCCUUUAUGAGCUGCUGGCUUCUCUCAUCAGAGGGAAUCGUUCGAAUUGUGCGUUGUUCUGUGACAAUCUGGACUGGCUGGUCAGCAAGCUGGAUCGUCUGGAGGCUUCCUCCGGAAUCCUGGAGGUGCUGUACUGCGUCCUGAUUGAAAGUCCAGAAGUUCUGAACAUCAUCCAGGAGAACCACAUAAAGUCCAUCAUCUCUCUGCUCGACAAGCAUGGAAGGAACCACAAGGUUCUGGACGUCCUGCGCUCUCUGUGUGUGUGUAACGGUGUUGCUGUGAGGUCCAACCAGAACCUCAUCACAGAAAACCUGCUGCCAGGUCGAGACCUCCUGCUGCAAACCAACAUUGUCAACUAUGCCACCAGUGUGAGGCCGAACAUCUUCCUGGGCACCUGUGAGGGCUCCACGCAGUUCAAGAAGUGGUACUACGAGAUGAUUGUGGACUACGUGGAGUCCUUUGUGACGGCGCAGGCCACCCACCUGCGCGUGGGCUGGGCCAUGACGGAGGGCUACAGCCCCUACCCUGGAGGAGGCGAGGGCUGGGGGGGGAACGGUGUGGGAGACGACCUCUACUCCUACGGCUUCGAUGGGCUGCACUUAUGGUCAGGUACGGUGGCCCGCCAGGUGGCGUCACCCAGCGCUCACACGCUGGCGGCGGACGACGUUGUCAGCUGCUGCCUGGAUCUGAGCGUGCCCAGUAUCUCGUUCCGCAUCAACGGCCAUCCGGUUCAGGGCAUGUUCGAGAACUUCAACGUGGACGGCCUCUUCUUCCCGGUCAUCAGCUUCUCCGCUGGAGUCAAAGUUCGGUUCCUCCUCGGCGGUCGACACGGAGACUUUAAGUUCAUGCCGCCGCCCGGCUACGCGCCGUGUUACGAGGCCCUGCUGCCCAGAGAGAGGAUGCGCAUCGAACCCAUCAAGGAGUACAAGCACGACUUCGACGGCGUGCGCAACCUCCUGGGUCCCACUCUGUCCCUCACCCACACCUCCUUCACCCCCUGCCCAGUGGACACGGUGCAGAUCGUGCUGCCACCACAUCUGGAGCGCAUCAGGGAGAAGCUGGCAGAGAACAUCCACGAGCUUUGGGCCGUGACCCGCAUUGAGCAGGGCUGGACCUAUGGCAGCUUCAGGGAUGACAACAAGAAACUCCAUCCUUGUUUGGUGGAUUUCCAAAGUCUUCCUGAACCAGAGAAGAACUACAACCUGCAGAUGUCAGGGGAGACUCUCAAGACUCUGCUGGCCUUGGGUUGCCAUGUUGGCAUGGGGGAUGAGAAAGCAGAAGAAAACCUCAAGAAGAUCAAGCUCCCCAAGACCUACGUGAUGACCAACGGCUACAAACCCGCACCCCUCGACCUCAACCACGUCAAACUGACACCGAACCAGAACCAGCUUGUGGAGAAGUUGGCAGAAAAUGGCCAUAAUGUUUGGGCGAGGGACCGGGUGCGCCAAGGAUGGACCUACAGCAUCGUGCAGGAUAUCAUAAAUAAGCGAAACCCUCGUUUGGUGCCGUACAACCUGCUGGACGAGAGAACAAAGAAAACCAACCGGGACAGCGUCAACAACGCUGUCCGCACGCUCAUCGGCUACGGCUACAACAUUGAGCCUCCAGAUCAGGAGAGCACUGGCCACGGCCUUGAGAACACGCGCGGGGACAAGGUCCGCAUCUUCAGGGCGGAGAAGUCCUACGCCGUCACCCAAGGGAAGUGGUACUUUGAGUUCGAAGCCGUAACAACCGGAGAGAUGAGAGUGGGCUGGGCCCGUCCCUGCGUCCGCUCCGACACUGAGCUUGGAGCCGAUGAACUGGCUUACGUCUUCAAUGGCAACAAGGCCCAGCGCUGGCACGUCGGUAACGAGCCGUUCGGUCGGCAGUGGCAGUCCGGCGACGUCGUCGGCUGCAUGAUCGACCUGAGCGAGAUGAACAUCAUGUUCACGCUCAACGGGGAGAUGCUGAUCAGCGACUCCGGCUCAGAGAUGGCUUUCAAAGACAUAGACAUUGGGGAAGGUUUCAUCCCGGUGUGCGCCCUCGGCCUGUCUCAGGUCGGCAGGAUCAAUCUGGGCCAGAACGUCAGCAGCCUGAGAUAUUUUGCCAUCUGUGGCCUUCAGGAGGGAUUCGAACCGUUUGCCAUCAACAUGAAGCGAGACAUCACCAUGUGGUUCAGCAAGAGUUUGCCGCAGUUCGUCCCCGUCCCCACGGACCACCACCACAUCGAGGUCUCCCGCGUGGACGGCACUGUGGACAGCGCCCCCUGUCUGAAGCUGACCCACAAGACGUUUGGCUCGCAGAACGCCAACACGGACAUGAUGUUCCUCAGACUGAGCAUGCCCGUCCAGUUCCACGAGACCUUCAAGGUCCCGGCCGGCACCACGCCGCUCACCCGGGCCCUCACGAUUCCCGAGGAGGAGGUGGUGGUGGUGGAGCCCGACUCCGAGUUCGAAGUUUUGAAGAAGUCUGCCAGUCGAAAGGAACAGGAGGACGAGAAGAAGGAGCCGUCUGUGCCGAAGGAGGUUUCUGUAGAAAACGAGAAGGACACCAUGUCGGAAAAGGGGAAGAAAAAAGGAUUCUUCUCCAAAGCCAAGAAAGCUGCCAUGACACCCCUCGCUCCUCCUCCUGCGCCUCCCACCGUCCCCCGAUUGGUGGAAGAUGUGGUCCCGGACGACCGAGACGACCCAGAAAUCAUCCUCAGCACCACCACUUAUUAUUACUCGGUGAGGAUCUACGCCGGUCAGGAGCCGUCCUGCGUGUGGGUCGGCUGGGUCACCCCUGACUACCACCAGUAUGACCCCACCUUCGACCUCUCCAAGGUGCGCAACGUCACAGUGACCGUGGGAGACGAUAAAGGCAACAUUCACGACAGCAUGAAGCACAGUAACUGUUACAUGGUGUGGGGGGGAGACCUGGUCAGCAACCAGCAGACUCGCUUCAGCCAGGAAGACAUGGUGAUUGGCUGCCUGGUCGACCUGGCAACGGGACUCAUGACCUUUACGGCCAAUGGAAAGGAGAUCAACACCUUCUACCAGGUGGAGCCAAACACCAAACUGUUUCCUGCCGUCUUCAUCCAACCCACCAAUCAGAACAUGGCUCAGCUGGAGCUGGGAAAACUCAAGAACAUCAUGCCGAUAUCAGCAGCGAUGUUCCGCAGCGAACGGAUGAAUCCCGUCCCCCAGUGUCCUCCCAGGCUGGACGUCCAGAUGCUAACUCCCGUCAUCUGGAGCCGCAUGCCCAAUAACUUCCUGAAACCGGAGGUGGGCAAAGUGGGCGAUCGACUGGGUUGGUCGGUGGAGUGUGUUGAACCGCUCAUCAUGAUGGCCCUGCACAUCCCAGAGGAAAACAGGUGUAUUGACGUCCUGGAGCUGUCGGAGCGCCUGGAUCUCAUGAAGUUCCACUACCACACGCUCAUGCUGUACUGCGCCGUUUGCGCCCUUGGCAACAACCGAGUGGCUCACGCGUUGUGCAGCCACGUCGACGAGUCUCAGCUCUUCUACGCCACGGAGAACACGUACCUGCCCGGGCCUCUGCGCAGCGGCUACUACGACCUGCUGAUCAGCAUCCACCUGGAGUCGGCUAAGCGGGCGCGCCUGGGCACCAACAGGGAGUUUAUCGUCCCCAUGACGGAGGAGACGCUCAGCAUCAAGCUCUACCCCGACGUGAAGAAGGCCCACUCUCUGCCUGGCGUCGGACUCACCACCUGCUUACGCCCAAAGCUGCACUUCUCUUCGGUCAACUUUGUCGGCACAAACCCAGAUAUUUACACUCUGAGUCCUGUUUUUCCUUUACAGGAGUUGAAAACCAGAGCCAUUAGCAUGGUAACAGAAGCUGUGCUGGACGGCAGCCAGGCAAUGCGCGACCCAGUAGGGGGCAGCGUUGAGUUCCACUUCGUCCCGAUCCUGAAGCUCAUCAGCACGCUGCUCAUGAUAGGCAUCUUCAACGACGAGGACACCAAGCACAUCCUGAAGAUGAUCGAUCCCAACGUCUUCAGCGGCAAAGAGGAGGAGGAGGAAGGAGAGAACGCCGAAGAGGGGGAAGCCGUAGAGGGGGAGAGCGAGGAGCAGAAGGAGGAGGAAGCUGUUGAUGCAGAGCUUGAAGACGAGGGGGUCGGUGAUGAGGAAGAGGAGCUGAAAGAGCUGGAGAAAGGAGAGGAAGAGGGCGGUCAGGCCGAGCCGAAGGAGGAAGGCGAGGAGGGCGGACAUAAGGAGGAAGAGGAGGCUAAAGGGGGAAAGGUGGAUGGAGAGAAAGCAGAGGAAGAAAAGGAGGAAGAGGCAGUGGAAGCAGAAGCCAAAGAGGAAGAGGAGGCUCCGGAGGAAGGACUACUUCAAAUGAAGCUGCCGGAGUCCGUCAAGCUGCAGAUGUGCACCCUGCUGCAGUACUUCUGCGACUGCGAGCUCCGGCACAGAGUGGAAGCCAUCGUUGCCUACUCGGACAACUUCGUUCAAGACGUCCAGAAGAACCAGCGCGUGCGCUACAACCAGCUGAUGAGAGCCUUCACCAUGUCGGCCGCGGAGACCGCCCGCAAGACCCGCGAGUUCCGCUCGCCGCCGCAAGACCAGGUUAUUUUACUGACCAACUUUAAACACGGCCCAGAGGACGAAGACUGUCCCGUUCCCGAGGACGUGAGAGAAACGCUGGCCAAUUUCCACAACGACAUCCUGCUUCACUGUGGAAUUCACAUCGAGCAUGAGGCAGAGGAGGAAGAGGUGGACACGUCUCUGAGGGGAAGGCUUCUCAGUUUGGUGGAUAAGGUGAAGAACUUCCGCAAAAAGGAAGAAGAGGAAGUGCCAGAGGUGGAGGAGGAACCAAAACCAAGUACCCUUCAGGAGCUCAUCUCCCACACGAUGAUCCACUGGGCCCAGGAGUCUUUCAUCCAGAACCCGGAACUGGUGCGUCUGAUGUUCAGUUUGCUCCACAGGAUGUACGACGGGCUCGGCGAGCUGAUCCGCGCUCUGCCCAAAGCCUACGCCAUCAACGCCGUGUCCGUGCAAGACACCAUGGACCUGCUGGAGUGUUUGGGGCAGAUCCGAUCGCUGCUCAUCGUCCAGAUGGGUCCAGAAGAAGAGAGGCUUAUGAUCCAGAGCAUCGGGAACAUCAUGAACAACAAGGUUUUCUACCAGCACCCCAACCUGAUGAGAGCUCUCGGGAUGCAUGAAACCGUCAUGGAGGUCAUGGUCAACGUGUUGGGUGGCGGUGGAGACUCAAAAGAGAUCCGGUUCCCCCAAAUGGUGACAAACUGCUGUCGUUUCCUGUGUUACUUCUGUCGCAUCAGCCGGCAGAACCAGCGCUCCAUGUUCGACCACCUGAACUACCUGCUGCAGAACAGCGGCAUUGGCUUGGGCAUGCGUGGGUCAACGCCUCUGGAUGUGGCUGCUGCCUCCUGCAUUGACAACAAUGAGCUGGCUUUGGCUUUACAGGAGCAGGACCUGGAAAUGGUGGUGACGUAUCUGGCUGGCUGCGGCCUGCAGAGUUGUCCGAUGCUCCUGUCGAAGGGUUACCCCGACAUCGGCUGGAACCCGUGCGGAGGAGAGAGAUACCUGGACUUCCUGCGCUUUGCUGUUUUUGUUAACGGCGAGAGCGUUGAAGAGAACGCCAACGUCGUCGUGCGUUUGCUGAUCCGUCGCCCCGAAUGUUUCGGCCCAGCGCUGAGAGGAGAGGGUGGCAACGGUCUGCUGGCGGCCAUGGAGGAGGCCAUUAAGAUAUCCGAGGACCCGGCGAGGGACGGACCAACAGUGAAAAAAGACAGACGAUUCAUGUUUGGAGGGGAGGGGCAGCACGAGGAGAACCGCGUUCACCUGGGAAACGCCAUCAUGUCCUUCUACUCUGCGCUCAUUGACCUGCUGGGGCGCUGCGCUCCGGAGAUGCACCUAAUCCAAGCAGGAAAAGGUGAAGCUCUACGAAUCCGCGCCAUCCUUCGCUCUCUGGUGCCCAUUGAGGACCUGGUGGGGGUAAUAAGCUUGCCGGUACAGAUACCUGCCUACGGUAAAGACAGUCAGAUCAUAGAGCCAAAGAUGUCUGCCAGUUUUGUGCCAGACCACAAGGCCUCCAUGGUGUUGUUCCUCGACAGAGUCUACGGCAUCGACAAUCAGGACUUCCUGCUUCAUGUGCUGGAGGUCGGCUUCCUGCCUGACAUGAGAGCUGCAGCCUCUCUGGACACAGUGGCCUUCAGUACGACUGAAAUGGCGCUGGCCCUGAACCGCUACCUCUGCUCGGCUGUUCUGCCGCUGCUCACCAAGUGCGCCCCGCUGUUCGCCGGGACGGACCAUCGGGCCAUCAUGAUCGACUCCAUGCUUCACACCAUUUACCGCCUGUCCCGGGGCCGAGCCCUGACCAAGGCCCAGAGGGACGUGAUCGAAGAGUGCCUCAUGUCACUCUGCAAGUACCUCAGGCCCUCCAUGCUGCAGCAUCUGCUCAGGCGGCUGGUGUUUGAUGUACCCAUCCUGAAUGAAUAUGCAAAGAUGCCUCUAAAGCUGCUCACAAAUCACUACGAACGCUGCUGGAAGUACUACUGUUUACCAAACGGAUGGGCGAACUUUGGAGUGACCUCAGAGGAGGAGCUUCAUCUUUCUCGGAAGCUCUUUUGGGGAAUCUUUGAAUCGUUGGCACACAAGAAAUUUGAUGCUGAGCUUUUUAAGAUCGCCAUGCCGUGCCUCUGCGCCAUAGCGGGAGCCAUUCCUCCUGACUACGUGGACGCUACCUUCUCGUCUCACACCGAGAAAAAGGCCUCAGUCGACGCUGAGGGCAACUUUGAUCCCAAACCAGUUGAAACCACAAACACCAUCAUACCAGAGAGGCUGGAUGCUUUCAUCAACAAGUACGCAGAACACACUCACGAUAAGUGGGCUUUUGAAAAGAUUCAGAACAACUGGACCUACGGAGAGGUUCUGGACGAGAACGCGAAGACUCACCCAAUGUUGCGGCCGUACAAAACGUUCUCUGAAAAGGAUAAGGAGAUUUACCGCUGGCCCAUUAAAGAAUCAAUCAAGGCCAUGCUGGCAUGGGAGUGGACUCUGGAGAAAGCCAGGGACGGGGAGGUAGAGGUGGAGAAGAAGGCGUCGACACGCAAGAUCUCCCAGACUGCUCAGGCCACAUAUGAUCCCAGUCAUGGCUACAACCCUCAGCCAAUAGACAUCUCAGGGAUGGCUUUGUCCAGAGAACUGCAGUCUAUGGCUGAGCAACUGGCUGAGAACUACCACAACACCUGGGGCAGGAAGAAGAAACUGGAGCUACAGGCUAAAGGUGGCGGCACACACCCUCUGCUGGUGCCGUACGACACCCUGACGGCCAAGGAGAAGGCCCGCGACAGAGAGAAAGCCCAGGAUCUGCUCAAGUUCCUCCAGCUCAACGGAUACGCCGUGACGAGGGGCCUGAAGGACAUGGAGCAGGACAUUUCCUCCAUCGAGAAGCGAUUCGCCUACGGAUUCCUCCAGAAGCUUCUCAAAUGGAUGGACAUCGCUCAGGAAUUCAUCGCUCAUCUCGAGGCCGUAGUCAGCAGCGGCCGCGUGGAGAAGUCGCCACAUGAACAGGAAAUCAAAUUCUUCGCCAAGAUUCUCUUGCCGCUGGUCAAUCAGUACUUCAAGAACCACUGCCUGUACUUCCUGUCCACUCCUGCCAAGGUCCUGGGCAGCGGCGGCCAUUCCUCCAACAAGGAGAAGGAGAUGAUCGCCAGUAUCUUCUGUAAGUUGGCUGCCUUGGUGAGGCACAGAGUUUCUCUUUUUGGAACGGACGCACCUGCAGUGGUAAACUGUCUGCACAUCCUUUCGCGCUCCCUUGACGCAAGGACUGUUAUGAAGUCCGGCCCGGAGAUUGUGAAGGCUAUUCUGCGCCAGUUCUUUGAGAGUGCUGCAGAUGACAUAGAAAAGAUGGUGGAGAAUCUGAAACUGGGAAAAGUGUCGAGUAAAACGCAGGUGAAAGGGGUUUCCCAGAACAUCAGCUACACCACCAACGCCUUACUUCCUGUCCUCACUUCGCUGUUUGACCACAUCGCCCAAUUCCAGUUUGGCGAUGACGUUAUCUUGGAUGACCUGCAGAUAUCCUGCUAUCGUUUGAUGUGCAGCAUAUAUUCGUUGGGGACUGUCAAGACUCCGCAUGUGGAGAAGCAGCGGCCGGCUCUUGGAGAGUGUUUGGCGCAUUUAGCAGCAGCAAUGCCAGUAGCCUUCCUGGAACCGGCACUGAAUGAAUUCAACUCCUUCUCUGUUUACACAACCAAGACUCCAAGAGAGAGAACUAGUGAGUUACGAUUUCUACUCUUUUUUUCUGUUUUUGUGAAAAGGGCGCGGUGGCUGACCUGUCCGGACCCGGAUGCAGAAGAACUGUUCAGGAUGGUGGGAGAGGUGUUCAUCUUCUGGUCCAAAUCACAUAACUUUAAGCGGGAGGAGCAGAACUUUGUGGUGAUGAAUGAGAUCAACAACAUGUCCUUCCUCACCGCUGACAGUAAGAGCAAGAUGACCAAGGCCGGAGACGGAGAGUCUGGAGGCUCGGAGCAGGAACGUAGCAAGAAGAAGAGACGAGGCGACCGCUACUCCGUGCAGACCUCCCUGAUUGUGGCGGCGCUGAAGAAGAUGCUCCCCAUUGGACUCAACAUGUGCUCCCCUGCUGACCAGGAGCUCAUCAAUCUGGCUAAGAUCAGAUACUCGCUGAAAGACACAGAUGAAGAGGUGAGGGAGUUCUUGCAGAACAACCUUCAUCUGCAAGGCAAGGUGGAGGAUCCAGCCAUGCGCUGGCAGAUGGCUCUGUACAAGGAGAUGUCUGGAAAGGCUGAAGACGCCGAAGAUCCAGAGAAAGUGGUCAAAAGAGUACAAGAGGUCUCUGCUGUCCUUUACCACAUCGAGGUGACUGAGCAUCCUUACAAGUCGAAGAAAAUGGUGUGGCACAAGCUGCUGUCCAAGCAGCGCCGCAGAGCAGUGGUGGCGUGUUUCAGGAUGACGCCUCUCUACAACAUCCCGACGCACCGAGCCAUCAACAUGUUCUUAAACGCCUACAAGCGCAACUGGCUGGAAACGGAGGGCUACUCGUUUGAAGACAAGAUGAUCGACGACUUGUCAAAAGCCUUGGAGGAAGAGGAGGAGGAGGAAGAGGAGACGGAGACGAAGCCGGAUCCUCUUCAUCAGCUGAUUCUGCACUUCAGUCGCACGGCUCUGACGGAAAAACUGAAACUUGAAGUCGACCAUCUUUACAUGUCUUAUGCUGAUAUUAUGGCAAAGAGCUGUCACAUUGGUGAGGAGGACGAAGGGGGAGAGCAGGAGGGGGAGGAGCCAUCCUUUGAGGUGCGGCAGACAGAGAUGGAAAAGGAAAUGGAGAAGCAGAGGCUUCUGUACCAGCAGUCCCGUCUGCACAACCGCGGGGCUGCAGAGAUGGUGCUGCAGAUGAUCAGCGCCUGCAAAGGCGAACCAGGAGCCAUGGUUUCUUCCACACUCAAACUGGGAAUCUCCAUCCUCAACGGAGGCAACAGUGAUGUUCAGCAGAAAAUGCUGGAUUACCUGAAGGACAAAAAGGACGUGGGAUUCUUCCUGAGCGUUCAGGCUCUGAUGCAGACCUGCAGCGUUUUGGACUUGAAUGCGUUUGAGAGGCAGAACAAGGCGGAGGGACUUGGGAUGGUUUCAGAGGAGGGAAGCAAUAAGAAGCUAGAACGUGAUGAGAAAGUGAUGGCAGACGAUGAGUUUACGUGCGACCUCUUCCGCUUCCUGCAGCUCCUGUGCGAAGGCCACAAUAACGACUUCCAGAACUACCUGAGAACGCAGACGGGCAGCACGACGACCAUCAACGUCAUCAUCUGCACCGUGGACUACCUGCUUCGACUGCAGGAGUCCAUCAGCGAUUUUUAUUGGUAUUACUCUGGGAAAGACAUCAUCGAUGAGCCUGGAAAGAGGAAUUUCUCCAAAGCCAUGACUGUGGCCAAGCAAGUCUUCAACAGCCUGACUGAGUACAUCCAGGGCCCCUGCACUGGUAACCAGCAGUCUCUGGCCCACAGCAGGUUGUGGGACGCUGUUGUGGGUUUCCUCCAUGUUUUUGCUCAUAUGAUGAUGAAACUGGCGCAGAUGCACCCUGAUCCUGGACAACGAAAUGUCGAUCAUUUUUGGAGUAGAACACACUCUGAGGAUUCGAGUCAAAUCGGCCUGUUGAAGGAGCUGUUGGACCUGCAGAAGGACAUGGUGGUCAUGCUGCUGUCUCUACUUGAAGGUAACAUUGUGAACGGCACCAUUGCAAGGCAAAUGGUUGACAUGUUGGUGGAAUCCUCCAGCAACGUGGAGAUGAUCCUCAAGUUCUUCGACAUGUUCCUCAAGCUCAAAGACAUCGUGGCGUCCGACGCCUUCCGGGAUUAUGUGACGGAUCCGCGCGGACUCAUCUCCAAGAAGGAUUUCUCCAAGGCCAUGGACAGUCAGAAGCAGUACUCCCCAUCAGAAAUCCAGUUCCUGCUCUCCUGCUCUGAGGCCGACGAGAAUGAAAUGAUCAACUUUGAGGAAUUCGCAGAUCGCUUCCAGGAACCGGCGAAAGACAUCGGGUUUAACAUCGCCGUCCUGCUGACCAACCUGUCUGAGCACGUGCCCCACGACACACGCCUCCAGAACUUCCUGGAGCAGGCGGAGAGCGUGCUCAACUACUUCCGGCCUUUCCUCGGCCGCAUCGAGAUCAUGGGGGCCAGCCGGAAGAUUGAGCGCAUUUACUUUGAGAUCAGCGAGGCCAACAGGAACCAGUGGGAAAUGCCGCAGGUCAGGGAGUCGAAGCGGCAGUUCAUCUUCGACGUCGUCAACGAGGGCUGCGAGAGCGAGAAGAUGGAGAUGUUCGUCAACUUCUGCGAGGACACCAUCUUUGAGAUGAACAUCGCGGCGUCCAUCUCUGAGCCCGAGGGAGACGGCGAGGAAGAGAAAGACGAUGAGGAGGAGGGCGGCGGAGAGGAGGCGGAGUCUGGAGAGGGCGAGGAAGGCAACGGCGAGGCCGCCGUUCCGGAGUCGGCAUCGGCCUUUGCCGAAUUCAUGAAGAGCGUCAUGAACUUCUUCGGCAUGUUCACCUUCCGUAACCUGCGGCGCAAGUACCGCAAACUCCGGAGGAUGACGGUGAAGGAGAUGGUGAUCGGACUGGUGACGUUCGUCUACACGGUUCUGAUGGGAAUCCUCAUCUUCGUCUACAACGUGUGCAAGGGCUUCUUCACGCUCAUCUGGAAGGUUCUGUUCGGCGGCGGCCUGGUGGAGGGAGCCAAGAAGAUGACGGUCACAGAGAUCUUAGCCAGCAUGCCGGAUCCGACCCAGGACGAGGUGCAUGGAGACCUGCCACCCGAACCCGGAGCUAGAGAGGUCCAGGAAGUGGAUGGAGGGUCGGACCACUUGGACACGGCUGGAGGAGAGGAAGAAGAGGAGGAUGGCGAGGAAGGGGAAGGUGGGCGUCUGCCUGGGUUCGACAAACCGGGAGGUCUCGGAGAUUUUGGAGAAACGACAACAGAGGAGCCUCCAACUCCAGAGGGAACGCCGCUGCUGAAGAGGAAGCUGCUGACCGCAGUGGGAGGACAAGGAGAGGAGGAGAAAGUCGAAGCAGAAGAAGAGGUUCCCCAGGAGACGGAGAAGGCCGACAUUGAGAAUGGAGAGAAGUCGGAGAAACCGGAGCCAGAACCCGAGGUGAAGGAAGAAGAACCAGAGGAGGUCGAGGAGAAAACGGUGAAAACAAAAACCAAGAAGGACAAGAAACCCGCCGAGGGCGGCUUUGAGUUGUGGAACGAGCUGGAGGUGCAGAGGAUUAAAUUCAUGAACUACCUCUCUCGUAACUUCUACAACCUGCGGUUUUUGGCUCUGUUCAUCGCAUUCGCUCUGAACUUCAUCCUGCUCUUCUACAAGGUGUCCGACUCUCCGCCGGGUGAGGAGGAGUUUGAGGGCUCUGGUCUGUUUGAGGGCUCCGGCCUGUUCGAAGGCUCCGGCGCCGAGGAAGACGGGUCCGGAUUGGAGGAAGGUGGGGAAGAUGAUGACGAAGAGGGCCCGUUGUACUACUUCCUGGAAGAGAGCACCGGCUACAUGGAGCCGGCGCUGUCUUUCCUCGCCAUCGUCCACACCAUCAUCUCCUUCCUCUGCAUCAUCGGCUACAACUGCCUGAAGGUUCCUCUGGUCAUCUUUAAGAGAGAGAAGGAGCUGGCCAGGAAGCUGGAGUUUGAUGGACUUUAUGUCACUGAGCAGCCGGAGGACGACGACAUCAAGGGCCAGUGGGACAGACUGGUCCUCAACACGCCAACCUUCCCAAAUAACUACUGGGACAAGUUUGUGAAGAGAAAGGUUCUGGAUAAAUACGGCGACAUCUACGGCAGAGAGAGAAUCGCCGAGCUGCUGGGCAUGGACCUGGCGUCGCUGGACGUCAGCGCCAUGACACACGAGAAGAAACCGGAACCGGACACCUCCAUGUUCAGCUGGAUAACAUCUAUUGACAUCAAAUAUCAGAUCUGGAAGUUCGGGGUCGUCUUCACUGACAAUACAUUCCUGUACCUGGUCUGGUACAUGCUGAUGUCCAUGCUUGGACACUACAACAACUUCUUCUUCGCUUGCCAUCUCCUGGACAUCGCCAUGGGCGUCAAAACGCUGCGGACCAUUCUGUCCUCCGUCACCCACAACGGCAAACAGCUGGUGAUGACGGUCGGCCUGCUGGCUGUGGUGGUGUACCUCUACACCGUGGUGGCCUUCAACUUCUUCCGCAAGUUCUACAACAAGAGCGAGGACGAGGACGAGCCGGACAUGAAGUGCGACGACAUGAUGACUGUGAGUGGAGAUCAGCUCUGGAAAACAGCAACACUUAAAGACCUUACCAGUCGGUCCAGUGCAAACCUUUUCUCCUGGGACCCCCAGUGGUUCCCAAACCUUUUCUCCUGGGACCCCCAGUGGUGGCUGGUUGGAUGCUGGUUGGAUGAAUUCCAUGGUUGGUUGGAUGUUGGUUGGAUGUAUUUCAUGUUUGGAUGGCUGGUUGGAUAUAUAUAUCACAGUUGGAUGUUGGUUGGAUGCUGGUUGGCUGUAUUCCAUGGUUGGUUGGCUGUAUAUCAUGGUUGGAUGCCGGUUGGAUGCUGGUUGGAUGCUGGUUGGCUGUAUUUCACGGUUGGAUGCCGGUUGGAUGUUGGUUGGAGGUAUAUCAUGGUUGGAUGCCGGUCGGAUGCUGGUUGGAUGUAUUCCAUGUUUGGAUGGCUGGUUGGAUGUAUUCCAUGGUUGGUUGGAUGUUGGUUGGAUGCCGGUCGGAUGCUGGUUGGCUGUAUUUCACGGUUGGAUGCCGGUCGGAUGCACGUCCUGCCAUCCAUCCUCCUGUCUCUGGCUGCAGGUCUGAUCAUUGACGCCUUCGGUGAGCUGAGAGACCAGCAGGAGCAGGUCAGGGAGGACAUGGAGACCAAAUGCUUCAUCUGUGGAAUAGGAAGCGACUACUUUGACACGACGCCGCACGGCUUCGAGACGCACACCUUAGAGGAGCACAACCUGGCCAACUACAUGUUCUUCUUGAUGUAUCUCAUCAACAAGGAUGAAACGGAACACACAGGCCAGGAGUCGUAUGUGUGGAAAAUGUACCAGGAGCGAUGCUGGGACUUCUUCCCCGCCGGAGACUGCUUCAGGAAGCAGUAUGAGGACCAGCUGGGAUAAACCCGACAGGGAAAGUCCUGGAGCUCGGAGCUGGAACACGGCCGUGUCUUAGUUUUGUCAUUUGUCUUGCUUUUUUUUUUUCUCGUCUGUUCGAAGCUAUGCACACCUAUCGACCGCACUUUUCAGCAGCAGGUUGGAGAAAACGACCCGGGAGGCGAAACGAAGCUUCUGCUGCGAACACGCGGCCUUUCCUGUCUAAAUUUAACAGACUGCCUUGCAUAUCGCCUGAGCGCGCGGCGGCUAACGUAGCCGCUAGUGCUGCAAACGUUCUAGUGCCUAUAGCGACGCCACUGCUUUAGCCGUCAGUCUCAGUAGCUUUUCUUUGAGGUUCCACCUUUUACACCCAGAAAAUCUGAAACGGUCACAAACUCACGGAGUCGAGACGACUGGAGUUGUUCUUCUCUUGUUUUCAUAAAGAGGUUUAACUCUUUAAGGGCGUCUUCAGUUCUGAUCAUGGGAGAUUUAGGGUUUUCGGUCGUUUUUGUGGAAAAUCGAACCCUGUGAGCCUUUUGGGUCGUUGUCACUUAUGUGCCUCAGAGGAUUUGUUAGCAUGAGAGGUCCGUGUUUCGAGCUGCUUUGUGUGUUUUGUUGAGUUGUUAGCAGUGGUGGGCGCUCUUCUGCUAACGUGCUAAUAGCAGAGCUAAUGUUUUGUUUACUACUUACUUUGAAAACAUCUGUCACGUUUAUUUUUCUGGGUAAAUUCUAAUGUGCUAAUAGCUAAGCUAAUUUUUAGCUUAUUAUUUGAGCUAACUGAAAAUGUUAAGCACACUUAAAUUUUUGUUGUCUUUUAAGACACUUGUCACACUUAACUCCCCCUACAUUUAUAUUUCUGAAGCAUCUAGCACAAUUAGCUCCCCCUAAAUUUAUUUUUCCAAGUAAAAUGUGAUAUGCUAAUAGUGGAGCUAAUUUUUAGCUUGCUGCUUUAGCUAACUUUGAAAACAUUUAGCUCACUUAGCAUCCACCAAAUGUAUUUUUCUGGUUAAAUUCUAACGUGCUAAUAGUGGAGCUCACUUUUAGCUCAGCAAGUUGCUAACUUUGAAAGCGUAAAGCUCACUUUGCUUCCCCUAAAUUAUUUUCAGGUAAAUUCCUAUGUGCUAAUUUACUUUUACUGUUUUUGCGAGCUUUCAGUUGAAUAAAGUUUGGCAGCUGUGUCAUUGUUUUUAGCUAUAAACUGUCCAAACAUGAAUUAUACAGGAACAAAAUAAAACAUAAAGUAGAAAUCGGGAUGUAAACGUAAAUACGCUUUGUGAAACUACAAAUUUUAUACGGUCAAAAUUAAAUUCAGUGCGGAUAUAAUUUAAAUUGAAGUUAGCGCUUUAGCAUUACUUUCUGCUAAACAGGUUAUGCUUUACAGUUAGUGGAGCUAAUGUUUGAUUAGUGCUUUAGGGUUAAUGGUGCUAACUUUCCAGUUAGCGGUGCUAACUUUCCAGUUAGCGGUGCUAACUUUCCAGUUAGCGGUGCCCACCACUGCCUGUCGGUUCUGUUCUUUACGUUUUAAUGCAGCCGAACCUCUCAGUGUGGCUUCAGCAGUUUGAGAAACUGUGACAAACCCAGAAAUAAAUGUUAUUCACAGAUCAGGAUCAACCUGCUGGUUUCUCUUCCUAUUUGGGCAUUUUGCAUCUGAGCCACUAGGUCAUUAUUUUGUUCCUCGUUCUGACAGGAAAGUGACUCAGUGGAGGUGAAGUGACCGAUUUUACGUCUAUUUGAGUUUCGCUGUCUCGAAACAAAAGAUUCUGACAAACGAUCACGAACUGCUUGAACUCGGACCGACUUGACAAAAACACGAUAUGUGGAAUAAUAAUUACCUGUUUAGACACUCUGCAGUCUUACAAUGUGGAUCCCGUCUCUCUGCCAUAACCGAUGGUGAGACGAACACACAUCCGAGGGAAACGCCGAGGUAAUUAAUUCUGUUUCACGCAGAUUAAGCCAUUUAGAGACUUUAUGCACAACGUUGGUGCACUGAAAUAAGUGUUGAAUGUAUCUAAUGAGAACUUGAUGAAAAGACAUAUUUUACAUACACCAUGGAUUCUUCUAUUUAUUUUUCUUUGAGGCUCUGAUGUGUGGAAAUAAUUUAGUUUUCAGACAUGAACGUGUCUCAAACUGAAGAUGGCGGAGAGAUUUAGUCUUACAGUGAAAAUGGCCUCCGGUUUGGAGAAUGUUUGCUUUUGUUUCGGCUCGUUAGCUUUUUACCAUAGAUAUUUUUAGAAAUUCAGCACACGGAUAAUUUGUCUCAGUCAAAGUUGUGUGUGAUGCGUUGAUUUCUGACACAUUCACAAAUUCUCCAUGUCGUACAAAUGGCCGGUUGGAGGCGGAGCGUUUCGGUUGGGCUGGUGGUUGGGAGGUGAAUGGAGGUCACAACUUUCCACUUGACUGAGUGUCUCUGACUAAACUCUGCGUUUCAAUAUGGAAUAAACAGAUUAUUUUAAGGACAA